UUGGUAAAUGUACGACGGUUGAUUGCUGACACGUGCAAAAUAGAUUGACCUCGUGAGCUCUCGACAUAUGUCAAGGUGGCUUCUCUGCUCUGCAAGCUGUACAACCACGUAGACACACCUAUGUGACAGACUCGUGAUUUACCAGUGUUUAAAUACGGUGGCGUUAUAAUCGGGGACGCAUUAUGUGGAAUCAAAUGUCAGUGUGACAUUCGUAAUCCGUAUUUAAUAGCCGGAUGGAAGCGAGGUUUGAAUUCCUCCCCUUGUACCAGCGCUCCGUGGAGGGAUUCCAGACAUACCUGAGUCAUCUGGGUGAUAUGUGACUGUCCCGUCACGUAUGGUCAGCAGUAGACACAGCCCAGUCUGACGGAGGACACUCACAAACGGACACAUACUGUCGGACACAGGACACACGCAGUCAAAGGACACACCCAGUCUGACGUAGGACACUCACAGACGGACACAUACUGUCGGACACAGGACACACGCAGUCAAAGGACACACCCAGUCUGACGGAGGACACUCAGUCGGACAAUAUGGGGAAAGGCAAGUCACGCACUUCGUGUUUCAUACAUUUAACCGAUACCAAGGUGAUCUGGACCAAGGACGGUCUCAAGUCGGAGAACAUGAAGCUGGGCCACAAGAUCCGCGAGCUGGAAACACAGUACCGGGAGAUCAGGGCUAUCUUCGUGCAGCUGGAGCAGGACUAUGACAACAGCUACAGUGCCUUCCCCAUACAGCGUUACUCCGUACUAAAGAGGAUGAUCAAACGGUGUGUGAACGAGGAGAACCUCAGGAAGGCUGAAGCCCUGGCGAAGAAGGAUACUUCCAAACCUAAGUCCGGUUUGUCUGGACUUCUUGGGAGGGCGAAAGAAUUUGCCGAUAAGGACAGGCCCGCAUCAGGGGCAGGUAACUCUGCCAGUGGUAGUGAUGCUCAAGCAGGCGGGAUGGGAGGGUUGCUGUCUGCGUGUAAGGCGUUUGCCGGGAAGUCGGAUGGUAUUGAAACAGCUGCUUCAGCCAAGAAAGAUCUCAGCAAGAUGUCAAAACAGGAAGUGCUUGAAGACAAUGAGCUCAAGAGGCAACACAUCGAGGCAUUUGGUCCGAGGUUCAUGAGAGCCUUUAACAGAUUAGAACAGCUCAAGACGGAUUACGAGACUUCCAAACAGUCAUUUCCACUGUCCAGAUACGGGAUCAUGAAGAACAUGAUCAAGGACGUCACUCGGGACAAGAGUCUGCACUAGCAGAACAAAGGUAACUUCGUAUCCAUCUUCACAAGCAGGCUACCCAAAAGGCCAUGAUUGUCUGUUGGAAAGUGUGUGUGUCCUGGCCAAGAGUCUGUUUGGAGAACACAGGUCACCUCGAUGUCUAUCUUCACAAGCAGGCUACCCAACAUGCCAUGAUUGUCUGUUGGAAUGUGUGUGUGCUGGACAAGAGUCUGUUUGGAGAACACAGGUCACCUCGAUGUCUAUCUUCACAAGCAGGCUACCCAGCAGGCCAUGAUAGUCUGUUGGGAUGUAUGUGUGUCCUGGACAAGAGUCAGUUCAAGCAGAACACAGGUCACCUUGUUGUCUAUCUUCACAAGCAGGCUACCCAGCAGGCCAUGGAUGUCUGUUGGAAUGUGUGUGUGUCCUACAUGAGUUCGGGUUUCGGCUGACUGAGAUGAUACCUAAUGGACAGUGUUGCGGAUGCGUAAAUAACAGUAGGAAUUGGUUUAACUUGUGAUGUUACAUUAACCGAUGCUAACGUGAUCUGCAAUUCUUUAACACUUAUGGAGAUUUGAAUUUCAAGCGCAAUGCCUAUAUCUGCAAUACUACAGCUGUAGAUAACUUGAGGUAUAAUCUGGAGUACUUGUUGAUCUGGUAUGGUAGUAGAUUGUAUGACGAUAUGAUCUGCAACAUCGGAUAUUAUGGUUGCAUAAUCUUCAGCACCGGUAAUUAUGACACUAUUGCAGUGACUGUAUUGAUUACUGUAAUCUUCAAUACUAUGUAAACCAUUUGACAGCCUGAAAUGAAAUGACUGACUUGAUUUAACCAGUGAAAGUUUUGUAUUGGUGCGCGAUAUUGUGGCGUGAUGUGCAAUACUGGAAACUGUCUGCAGUAAUGGAUAGUAAACUAUAAGUGGUUGCUGUGGUUGGUUCUCCGCACCAUCUAAUAUUGUAUUGUUCAUCAUCUGCAGUGCUGCGAAUGACACAAUUUCGGCACAAUCAAGAUUCCCCUUGACUCGCGAAGUACUUAUAACAUGUGCCUUCGCUGCCAUUGUCUUGCGUCUAUUAUUUUUACACUGUGCGUACGUAGCUUUAUUUCUACUGCUCACAUAUCACCUGAUAUGCCUUGAGUCGUUCACUCGGUGGUACCCCGCGCGAGUACACAAUUCACUUCUUUAAUAAAACAGCAGCAGAUUGAGGCGAGUAGUGUGUUGAACGGUGACUCUAUAAGGAAGAACAUUUCCAUCGAUCAUCUUUUUUAAGCAACAAGAAGAAAUGACUUUUUAAGAUACAUUUUGUUCGCAGACGUUAUCACAUUUUAUCGAUAUUUAUUUCAACAUUCUAGUCUUGCACCACCAUGCAACAUAACCAAUGUGGAAAACAGAGUUGAGAGGGCUCUGACCGGAAGUGACGUACUUGCCUUGUGUGAGAUGGGGAGAUGUGCAGUAUUUCUACGGUGCAAUGGAUAUGCCUCUGUUUCUACGUCUACAACGUAGAUUUAUUGCAACUAAUCCACAAAUAAGGGUAACAAUUACUCAUAAAAGGCCCACGUUAAUUGAGGUGGUUCGUUCUCAAUUGGAAUACGGGAUUGCCUAAAGAAGAUACAUUGUAUUCAUAUUUGUAUUGCAUUUGGAAGACGUUUCCGGUUUAACAAGGUUGGAACUACCGAGGGCUCCCUAACGUAUGCUAUAUUUAUAACAUGUGUCGUCUAGAGUUUCGUCAAAAUAUGUCUACCUGGGACAGGCAGCAUUGCUUUAUAUGAAAAGGGACACUGGUAUUAAUCUGUUUUGUGGUAUAUAUUUUUUUUAUCGAUUGGUUGUGUCUUGAAUCAGUGUCAAGUACUUCUGCGUCACUUCCUCUUCCCACACACCUCAUAUACUUUAUUCUUGCUAUUAAACAAACAAUCUUCAUA